CACACGAGUACCUACUCCACCCGUAUCCCGCAUUCCCCAGGUUGUUGAACCGCUCGUUUACCACUGCAUGUUUUCGUUGAUUAUUGUUCAGGGUACUCGGAUCCUUUCCAGUUUUCUUCAGCAUGUCCCCCAUUGAUCGCUUGCAGAAAUUAGCUUCCCAUUUCACGUCAGGAACUCCCGAGCCGGCCAUUCAUCCCGGUGACAGCCAUGAAUACCACCAUCGACACAACUACCAUGCACUGAGCCCUACCGUUUUUCUCUGGCGGGCAGCGCAGAUUGAGCCAAACGCUACCGCAAUCUACCAUGUCACCGCGAACAAGAAGAUCCUCCGCCGUUCAUACAUCGAGGCCGCCGACAGAGCGCGAGGCUUGGCCUACUAUCUGCGAAAGCAUGGCUACAAGCGAGUCGGCAUCCUGUGCACAAACACUCCCGCUUUUCUAGAAUCUCUGUAUGGCAUAGCGGCCGCUGGGGCGGUUUCCGUUGGCGUAAACUACCGUUUGAAGACGGACGAUAUAUCCUACAUAUUCCAGCAUUCCGAAGUCGACAUCAUUAUUGCAGACUAUGAAUUCGAGCAUUUGCUCGCAUCAUACAGGAAAACAAAGCCGAAUGUCCCAGUGAUAGUGGAUAACGAUACAGAUGCUACAGAGGGAGCGCUGAGCGGUCCCUUCGACGCCGCGGUGCUUGACGGGUUGAAAUAUGACGCCGAGACCGGUGGAAGGGGAUGGGCUGGCUUGGAGAUUUUGCCCAAAAGCGAGGACGACCUCAUUGCUUUGGCCUACACCAGUGGCACUACCGCGCGACCCAAGGGUGUCGAGUACACACAUCGCGGAUGCUACCUUGCUGCGCUCGCCAACGUCAUCGAGUCGGGCCUCAACUAUCACACGGGCAGAUGCAGGUACUUAUGGACGCUUCCCAUGUUCCACGCUACAGGCUGGACCUUUCCAUGGGCAGUAACCGCUGUGCGAGGAACGCAUUACUGUCUCCGAAAGAUCGACUACCCCGAGAUUUGGAGACUAUUGAAGGAAGAGCAAAUCACGCACUUCAAUGCCGCACCCACAGUGAACACCCUGCUUUGCGCCGCGAAGGAGGCCGAGAGACUUGACAAACCCGUGCGUGUCACCGUGGCAGCGAGCCCGCCUUCUGCAUUCCUUUUCGAGCAAAUGACCAAGCUCAACUUGCAACCCGUCCAUGUAUACGGCCUCACCGAGACGUACGGCCCCAUCACGAAGGGCUACCACAUGCCAGAAUGGGAAGAACUCCCCGAGAAGGAGAAAUACGCCAAGAUGGCGAGACAAGGUCAUGGCUUCGUAACGAGCUUACCUGCACGCGUCAUCAAGACUGACCAGCCGGAGGGUGUUAUCAUUGACGUCGCCCGCGAUGGCAAGGAGAUUGGAGAAAUCGUGUUUGAGGGCAAUAUCUGCGCGAAGGGUUACUAUAAGGAUGCCGAAGCAACGAGGAAACUGUGGGCUGGGGGUGUGAGUCAUAGUGGAGAUUUGGCUGUUUGGCAUCCGGAUGGGGCCAUCCAGAUCUUGGAUCGGGCGAAGGAUAUCAUCAUUUCUGGAGGAGAGAACAUCUCUAGCGUUGCAUUGGAAAGCAUGCUGGCCAGACACCCUGCCAUACUUGAAGUCGGCGUCGUGGCCGUACCGGACUCCCACUGGGGUGAGCGUCCCAAGGCCUUCGUAACGAUCAAGGCUGGUGAGAAUGUACGCGGGGAAGACAUCAUCGAUUGGGCCAAGCACAGGAGCGAAAUCAGCAAAUUCAUGGUGCCUAGGGAAGUGGAGAUUGUGAAUGAGUUGCCCAAGACGAGCACGGGGAAGCUGAAGAAAAAUGUGCUGAGGGAGUGGGCGAAGGGGAAUAGGAAUGCGAAAUAAGGAAAUACGGAGUGAUGUGAAGGGAUACCCAUUUUCUAAGAGCAUGUAAUUUGUAUGUUGCGUGUAGCGUGGCCGAUUUCUGAUGUUGUCUGUCAUCUUUCGCUCAAUCGCGGACGCACUUCAAACUUCCUGCACAUGUGCACAUGUUGUCGCGACUUCCGGCGUCCUUAUUACAUGAGUCAACUUUAUUCGAGCUCAUGUAUGGAAUGUCAGCUUAUCUGACCAAAGCGUUUGCCCGUCUCCCACCAGUUAUAAAAGCACGACUUUCCUCCCACCAGUUCGGCUCCUCACAAACCUCACUUCUUGUUUCAUCAAAAUAGAAUCAGCAGGCCACAGCUGAAU